AUGUCUCCGAUUAUCGACAACAAAGGAGCUGUAGAAGCAGCAGACAAAGAAGCUGAAUUUGCUAUCGGAGAUGGGCUCAAUCCCAGUUCAAGUAUCGAACAGGCGUCGCUGGCUGAGUUGGCCGACAGCAGGAAUGGUCAAUUCCACCGCUCCUUCUCCCCUCGUCAGAUCCAUAUUAUCUCUCUUGGAUCCAAUAUCGGCAGCGGCGUGUUCCUCGGCACAGGCAAGGCAUUGGCAAAUGGAGGCCCUGGCUUCAUGAUCAUUGCUUACUUCUUGGUCUGUUCAUGCAUCUGGGCCGUGUUACAGACCCUUGGAGAGAUGACCAUUGCCUUCCCGACCAGUGGCAAUUACAUCGACUAUGCCGAUCGAUGGGUUGACCCUGCGCUGGCUUUCGGUGCUGGUUUCGCUGAAUGGCUCGGCUGGGUUGCUGUUGUUGCACUCGAAGCCAUAUUCUUUAAUAUCUUCGUGCAGUACUGGGCUGAAGGUGCCUUACCACUACCAGCAUCCAUCACAAUUUUCCUUGUCAUUGUCCUUGCGAUAUUCCUCCUUCCUAACAAGGCCUUCGCUUGGUUUGAGUACGUCACAUCAGUGAUCAAAAUUUUCUUAUUCCUGUUGAUCAUCGUCCUGUCUCUGGCAAUCGUCUGCGGCGCAGGUCCAGGAGGCUAUGUACAUGAUGGAGCUUACUGGAGAGAUUUACCACCGUUCAAGAAUGGGUUUACUGGUUUCGCCAAUUGUGCAUUGCUGGCUGUUGCAGGCGUCGGGGAUCAAGUCUUCAUUGGCAUUAUGGGUGGCGAGGCUUCAUCUCCUCGUUUCAGCAUGGCACACGCGACUAAACUCGUGCCUUUCCGAGUCAACUUCGUCUACAUGUUGAGUGUUGUUUUCAUUACACUUCUAGUAAGGUCCGAUGAUGAGCGUCUUCUUGGGGGCUCCGACGUUACCGCGUCUGCGUUCGUCAUCGCGAUUGCAGACGCGAAUAUCGCAGGCGUUCCAGAUCUCAUCAACGCAGCCAUGAUCACUGGUAUACUGGCAAUCGCAGCCGAAUCAAUCUACUUGUCCUCCAGGAUUGUGCGAGAAAUGGCACACAAGCGAUUAGUUCCUCAAUUUAUUGCAAAGGUGGACAGUCGGGGCCGACCACGCUGGGCACUCGCAAUAACUUGUGCUGUCGCGGUCUUCCUGAGCUAUCUCAGUCUGAGCUCUGGCGGCUAUGAACUCUUUGUCUGGCUCGUCAACAUAUCCAGUUCUGCCUACUUCAUUAACUGGAUGAUCAUCUCAUUCACAUCCUGGCGCUUCCACCAAGCCCUGCAAGCCCAGAACGAUCCUCUCUUCCGACAAGUCUACGCUUGGAAGUCCAUUUCAUGGCCGCUGAUGCCCAUCUGGAUGAUGCUGAUCUCCAUCCUGCUUGUUGUCUGCUGCAUCUUCGCUGGAGCUAAGCCCUUGGGUGGCGGAGGCUUCACCGCGUACACGUUCUUCCAGUACAUCAUUGGACUGUUGAUUAUUGUGGGUUUCACACUCGCGUACAAAUUGAUCAUGCGAACCGAGUGGCGCGAUCCAAAGACGGCAGAUCUCAUUACUGGGAGAAGAAUCUUGACCGCGCAAGAGAUCAAGUAUCUCGAUGAUUACUAUGCCAUGCCCAAGUGGAGGCGAUUUGGAACUUACGUGCAAUUGUGGUAA